UACGGAAGUGACGUUCCCACAAUUUUCAAAUAUAUAUAUUUUUCAAAUCUUUGGUCUCUUUUCAAAAAGUGAGUUUCUCUGGUUUUGUCAUUGAGUACAAUACACGGUGUGUGACCUGAUGGCAGUUCUGCAGAAAUGAAGAGAGCGGCCAAUAAAUACGAAUUCAAAGCGACWUCCAUACCGUCAGACUUCAGUUUAGUUCCAAAAACAGCUAUUUCUAAGCCUCACAAAGAGAACGUACCAAGAAAUUAUUUUGUAGCCAAAAUGCAUAAAGGAACUUCCACCAGACAUGGACAGCAGCAGUCAGAACUGAAGGGUCAGAAUCAACUUUUAGUGGAAGCCAAUGAGGAACUGCAGAAAAAAAAUUCAGAAACACAGCUAAAAGUUGCCCAGCUGGAGCAACAAUACAGUGACCUCCAAGGAACCAAUGCCGACAUCAAGAAACAUCUGA